AUGGAAAGCACUGAUCCAUGCCGACAGUCGACUGAUCCCACAACCCACUCUUCAACAGCAAUGUCAACCUCUCAUGCCGCCGCCCAGGAUCUGUUUGACGUCCCUAGCGAAUUCCUAAACGAUACCCUGCAGACCGACCCCUUCCCCAUUUACCGCAUUUCAAGUGAUCAGUAUGCCUCGCUUUAUCAACAAUAUAUCACGACACCCUUGCCGAAUGCUUCACAGCUCUUUCCAUGGUUGCAUGGCGUGGAUGGCCAUUCAUAUCAACAAAACUUGUAUUUUGGUGUACGACGAUGUCUUCCUCCUCGGUAUCGAGGCCUGAUGGUGGUGCAUAGUCAACAACAGCAAGAGGAUCAUGAGGUUGAUAUGGAUGGUGCUAUUGGUGACGAGAAUGAUAGUGGCAUAUUCCAAGUACGACGAUCACGAUUAUUACGAGAUGCUAUCUCAGUCAAGGAAUUGGUGGAUAGUAGUACAGACACCUUUUAUGAUUACAAGGACUCCACUGUCAAUCUACGCAAUUUUCAGAUCCAGGCGUUGAGAUUUGCAAGUAUCAGCGACCUUGUUGUCUAUGGACGGGAUGCCUUGGAGACGGCAAAGUCAUUGGCGAAAGCACAGCUUCAUUUGAGGAAAGAACGCAUGGCCGACAUUGAAAAGGUCAAGAAGAAUGCUGGUAAACGAGCCAUCAAGGAUGCCAAUGAUCUCAUCUACCGGGUACUUGUGAUACAAGAUCCUGUGGAAGACAUUGCACAGAAAUACCCAUACCUAUUCAGUCAUCCUUUGAGAUUCUGGGAACAAGAGCAGAAUGAGAUUCGUGCCAUGAGUGCAGCAUCAGAGAUCACAGACCACAUUUGGGUGGGUCAUACACAAGAUGCACCUUCCGAUGAUGGUGAUUUGGAUGACAUGGAUGGCAGCAGCAGCACCAAUUUUUCGAUUUGUAUCGAAGCACAUGAUCUAGCAGACAUGCCAUCACCCUCCACACUUACUUUGGCACGUGAGACAUUGAAUGAAGAAUAUCCCCCUUCGGUCGGAACGAUCUUUCUCGAUGUAUAUUCGACAUUUAUGCCUUCAUCGGUGGCAUCCUUUGAUAAGUUUUACGACAAGCUUAUCCACUUGCUUCGAUUCAUGGAUGAUCAGGCCGCACGAGAACGGGAUAUCCUUAUUCAUUGCUCGGAUGGAUACAGUGAAACGAGCUUAUUGGUACUCUCUUGGAUCAUGUACAAGCAAAAGCUGCGACUACCAGAGGCAUUCUUGUACCUCCAAGAGAAACGAAGCUUUUUCGUUUAUGCCGCUGACAUGUUGACAUUGAAACGAAUCGAUUCUUAUCUCCAAUCGGGUGCUGCAACACGUGUCAUUCUCACUUCUGAUGCUGCGCGUAACAACGGAGUCGACGAUGAAGAAUACGAUGAUGAUGACGAUGAUGAAGAUGAAGAUAUGGAGACACCACGCGCUGGUAAUCGAACCCUCUUCGAUGACACCUAUCUCAACGAGGUAUCCAACAACAACAACAACAACAACGACAGCGACAAGAGUAUGACCAUGCUGGACACUGAAAAUGUAUACGGCACCAAUAUCAUGGAAAAUCCAUUGAUGCCUGUGAUCGAUCCUCAAUCCAAAAGUCGCUUUGAUUGGUUCUAUUCGCCUCGUUUUGAAGGAUCUUUCCCAUCACGUAUUCUCCCAUUCCUGUAUCUCGGCAAUCUCAAUCAUGCAACCAACCCAGGUAUGCUCAAGGUGCUAGGGAUCACACACAUUGUCAGCGUUGGUGAACAUGCUGGUCUCGAUGCAUCCGAAUUCAAGGUUCAUUUUCUCGAUAAUCUCUAUGAUGAUGGCAUUGAUUCCAUUGAGAGCAGACUCGAAGAAGCUGUCAAGUUUAUUGACGAGGCGCGAUUACAAAACAGCCAUUGUAUGAUCCAUUGUCGAGUUGGCGUGAGCCGUAGUGCAGCAAUUACGAUUUGCUAUAUCAUGCAGCAUCUCAAGUAUACCCUUGCACAGGCGUAUUUGUUGGUGCGUGCAAGGCGAUUGAACGUGAUCAUCCAACCCAAUCUCAAGUUCAUGUAUGAAAUGCUACAAUUGGAACAGCGUAUGUUUGGUCACAAAUCCAUUGCUUGGCCUGUGCUCUGUCGAGAGAUCCAUCUUUUGAAUAUGGCGUACCAUGACAAUGACGAGUUUUCAUAA